AUGGAGGAAUUGGAGCUCCUGGUCCGAGAAAUGAAACCGGAUAUCGUAGGAAUAACCGAAAUGUGGUGGAACGAUAGUCAUGACUGGAGUACAGGUAUGGAGGGGUAUGUGCUGUUUAGGAACGACCGGAACAAAGAGAAGGUGAUUGUAGUAGAAGCACCAAUAAAAGCAACUUGUGAAGGCAUAUUAUGCAAGACUGGAUUUCCCGAAGAUGUUUACAAUGCAGUCAUAUCGAGGGGUUUAAACGAAGGACAGCCUCUUCUCAAUGUGGGGUUUAGAAGCUGUGAUGAAAAGAGAAAAGUACAGUUUGAAAGCAGCGAGCCAGCAGAUUUUAGAGUAGGUGAAGAUGGUGUGGUAUAUGCAGCAAGAAGCUUUCAGCUUUCUACAGAUCCCACAGAAUUCAUCAUCUACGCUCAAGACAAGGAAACCCAGCAACAGUGGCAAGUGGUGGUGAAGCUGAGCAUCAAGCCAACAUUUGCAGAGCAUUCAGAGAAGGACCAAAAGAAAAUUGAAGAAAUAGUAUUUCCAUGGCAACAAUAUAAGCCCAGCAGUCAUCUGCAGAGACAGAAGAGAGACUGGGUCAUCCCUCCAAUCAACUUACCAGAAAACUCCAGAGGGCCUUUUCCUCAGGAAUUAGUUAGGAUUAGGUCUGAUCGUGAUAAAAGUCUUUCACUGAGGUACAGUGUUACUGGACCAGGAGCUGACCAACCUCCAACUGGAAUCUUCAUCAUCAAUCCCAUCUCAGGUCAACUGUCAGUGACGAAACCUUUAGAUCGGGAGCAGAUAGCUUCCUUUCAUCUGAGAGCACAUGCAGUGGAUGUAAAUGGAAACCAGGUGGAGAAUCCUAUUGACAUUGUCAUUAAUGUUAUUGACAUGAAUGACAAUAGGCCUGAGUUCUUACACCAAGUCUGGAAUGGGACAGUGCCUGAAGGAUCAAAGCCAGGAACCUAUGUGAUGACUGUUACUGCUAUUGAUGCUGAUGAUCCUAAUGCACUGAAUGGGAUGCUGAGAUACAGAAUCUUGUCACAGGCCCCAAGCACCCCCUCACCGAACAUGUUUACAAUCAACAAUGAAACUGGUGACAUUAUCACAGUGGCAGCUGGACUUGAUAGAGAGAAAGUACAGCAGUAUACAUUAAUAAUUCAAGCUACGGACAUGGAAGGAAACCCAACAUAUGGUCUUUCAAACACAGCAACUGCUGUCAUCACAGUGACAGAUGUCAAUGACAAUCCUCCAGAGUUCACUGCUAUGACUUUCUAUGGCGAGGUACCUGAAAAUAGAGUGGACGUCAUAGUAGCUAAUCUAACUGUAACUGAUAAGGAUCAGCCACACACUCCUGCCUGGAACGCAGUGUACCGAAUGACUGGUGGAGAUCCUACAGGCCGAUUUACUAUUCUGACUGAUCCAAAUAGUAAUGAUGGGUUGGUAACUGUUGUGAAGCCAAUUGACUUUGAGACCAAUAGGAUGUUUGUACUUACUGUAGCUGCGGAAAAUCAAGUGCCUUUGGCCAAGGGAAUUCAGCAUCCUCCUCAGUCAACAGCAACUGUAUCAAUUACCGUCAUUGAUGUGAAUGAGAGUCCAUAUUUUGUCCCAAACCCUAAGCUUAUACGGCAGGAGGAAGGGCUUCUUGCUGGUAACAUGUUAACUACUUUCACCGCUCAGGACCCAGAUCGUUACAUGCAGCAAACUGCUCUAAGGUACUCAAAGCUUUCAGAUCCUGCAAACUGGCUAAAAAUUGACCCAGUUAGUGGACAGAUAACUACAAUUGCAGUUUUGGACAGAGAGUCACAAUAUGUGGAAAAUAACAUGUAUAAUGCGACUUUCCUUGCAUCUGACAAUGGAAUUCCUCCUAUGAGUGGGACUGGCACUCUUCAGAUAUAUUUGCUUGACAUUAAUGAUAAUGCUCCCCAAGUGCAUCCUCAAGAGGCUACAACCUGUGAAACGCUACAGCCCAAUGCAACUAACAUCACAGCAACAGACCGGGAUAUUGAUCCAAAUGCAGGACCAUUUGCCUUUGAACUGCCAGAAACUCCUCCUAGUAUUAAGCGGAAUUGGACCAUCAUUCGUAUUAGUGGUGAUCAUGCCCAACUUUCGUUAAGGAUCAGAUUCCUUGAGGCUGGUAUCUAUGAUGUUCCUAUAAUAAUCACAGAUUCUGGAAAUCCUCCCAAGUCUAGCACAUCUAUUCUGAAGGUGAAGGUUUGCCAGUGUGACAUAAACGGAGAUUGUACUGACGUAGAUCGGAUUGUUGGUGCAGGACUGGGCACAGGUGCCAUCAUUGCAAUUCUGCUCUGUAUCAUCAUCUUGCUCAUUCUAGUUUUGAUGUUUGUAGUAUGGAUGAAACGCCGUGAUAAGGAGCGUCAGGCCAAACAGCUGUUGAUCGAUCCAGAAGAUGACGUAAGGGACAAUAUUCUGAAAUACGAUGAAGAAGGUGGUGGAGAAGAAGACCAGGACUAUGAUUUAAGCCAGCUUCAGCAACCCGAUACCAUAGAACCAGAUGCCAUCAAACCUGUGGGGAUCAGACGGCUUGAUGAAAGACCAAUCCAUGCAGAACCGCAGUACCCAGUCAGAUCAGCUGCUCCUCAUCCUGGGGAUAUCGGGGACUUCAUUAACGAGGGACUUAAAGCAGCUGACAAUGACCCUACAGCCCCACCAUAUGACUCCCUCCUAGUCUUUGACUAUGAAGGUAGUGGCUCCACUGCUGGAUCUUUGAGCUCUCUUAACUCCUCAAGUAGUGGUGGUGAGCAAGACUAUGACUACCUAAAUGACUGGGGCCCACGUUUCAAGAAACUUGCUGAUAUGUACGGUGGAGGUGAUGACUGA